AAAAGAAACACACUAUAUGCAUCGUUUACUGCAAACUAUGUUGAAUACAUUUCGAAUUCUGCUUCGGACAUGAUACACCAAACAUUGUCAAUUGACUUGCGAAUGAUUAUCGAUUAAACACUUCAAUUUCAAUACUGAAGGAGCACUGACGUUCCUUCUCACUGUUGAGUGGGAAAACAAGGAGAGCUUUCUGUUACUUUUUUGAAUAGAUCGGAUAGAAUUGGAAAAUGGCUAGUUUGACUGUCGAGGCACUAAAGCAGCAUCAGAGCGAUGAUAUUCCUAAAUCGCGUAAAUUGUCCACAGCUCACAGGGACGGAAGUGACGGAAUAGGGCCUUCAAUAAGUGGUCCAAGUCUUCGGCGUUACUCAAGGUUGGAACCACGACCAAGUGUACAGUAUGGCGCUUCUGGAAGACGCAUGUCUCAGGUUUCUAGAACGAGUAUCUCAGGAACUUCAUUAGGCGCCAAACUUGUAAUACCAGUCAAAAUACAAAAUACCUACAGACUUGAACCUGAACAAUCGGAGAAAUUUAACGCAGAAUCGGUUCAAAAAAUGAUGACUGGUGUUUUGUCAUCUUAUUUGGACGGCGAAGUUUACGAUCAGAAAUUAUGUGCGAAACAUUCUCAAGAAUUGUCGGAUGUAAUUAAAAAACGUGUGAAAGAAUUGGGAUAUCCUAGAUACAAACUAGUCUGUAAUGUUAUGAUUGGACAAAACAGCAAUCAAGGACUUCAUUAUUCUAGCCGUUGUUUAUGGAAUAAAGAAACAGACAAUUAUGCAGAGUCCGUUUAUUCCAAAGGGUCUUUGUUUGCUGUAGCCACAAUGUUUGCAACUUACUUUGAGUAAACAUCGAAGGCGGUUUAGAGAAUUAAAGUUUCUUUUGAAUAAUACUGACACAUGUUUUAAAUGCACUCCGGUUGUGUUUGUUCAUUGGUUAUAUAACCGUAAAUGUAAGGAUAUUAUUAGGAAUUAUGGAUAUAUAGUUAAAUGAACAAAUACAUAUUGUGACAUGUUUUUUUUAUUCCGUCCAAGUAUUUAAUUGCUGAAAGUGAAAAUAAUUCAGACUAGAAAUUAGUAAUAUCGACGUUCCAGACAGUUCUUGCUAAUAAAACACUAAACAUUGAUAUGCAUAGCAGUAUAUAUUAAGUCCAUAACAUAUGUCAAUAAAUGCAUUGUUUACAAUGAAUCGUCUAUUAAAUAGUUUUAUAGUU